AAACGAUUCAUUCGUCUCAUCUAACACAACCCCUCUAUGUGAUAAAUAUAAAUAUCUUGUAAUUUUCAGCGACAAGAGAUACAUAUUGCUUCAGCAAAAUUUUUCGAGUAACUAUUACUUGUAACGACUGUAUAAACUAUUACUUAUCGAGCGUUUAAAAAGUGAUGGUUUCAAGUUUUUCAAAAAAGUUGGAUAUAACUCUCUUCAUAAACUAACUAAUACUUGUAUAUGCAGUUGCUCUGCUGCAUCAAAUUUCUUGACCUCUGCCGGCAUACAGACUUUUGUACGGAUUCCUGCACAAUGUCGAAAGAUUCAUUAUGUUACACCCUGGUGAUGGUAGCUAGCACGGUAAUCCAAAAAGCAUGUUUCACCCUAUUUGGGUUUCACCAGCAUUUAUACUCAUCAGAGUUGUAGGCUAAGCUGUUAAUCGUCUACACCACUAUUUCUAAAUAGCGUCAAUGAAGCUACAAAAGUAUAUCAGUAUGGUCGUGAGAGUAUAUUUUACUACAAUUCCAAUGUGACUGGAAAAUGAAAACGACUUUGCAAAACUCAUAAGUGUUUAAACGGCAGCUCUGUCGGCAGAAUAUUUGGCUUUUAGUAAAAAAUAAGUAUAAAUAAUAAAUAAAUAAUAAAAGUAGAUAAUUAUAAAUAAAUGCACAAAAUAAUUUGCAUGCCUGUGUGUUUAAGUCCCUGGUUAGGUGAAAUGCAAAGCCAUUUAGAUCAAUGAAAUAUGUAAACUCCUAAAAUUCAAAGUGAACGAACUUGGGAUAUGUAUAAAACAUAGACUGAAAAAUGAAGAUGAACUUGAAAAUUAAGAAAGGCUAUCCGUAGUGGGUAUGGAUGAAAUUGAAAGUGGUCAUGCGACCAAUCUUUAUAAUGUCGACGUUGGAAAAAGACUUUUGUUUGCCCUCGAUAUUUUGAUACCAGCACUAACAGAAAAGAACGAAACCAUUUUAGAUAACCAGUUCUAACUGAUAAAUAAAUAAUGACUAUUAAUUAUUGUCUAUCACUAGACAUUUUUCCAUGUCAGUCUACGACGAAUAACAACUUGAAAUUUUUUCAUAUUUACAAACAGAUACAACAAACGACAUACCUGUUUAUUCAACAAUAUACAGACACCAGUUGAUUGCUCAACUUUUAUCGUUGAUCAAAAAAUAAAAGUUAAUGGUGACUGAUCAAAACUGUUAAUUAGGCUAACUAAGAUAGCUGGGGAUUUAUGGGCUGCUGUUAUUGAUAACUAUCUCUGGUUGAAGGUAAGAUGAUAACUUGGAGCGUAGGAGAAUUCCGGCUAGCAGCCUCCAGGUUACGGGCCCGGUGAUCUACCUAGUGGAUUGUCUGGCGGCCUGCUUGGACUCUGGGCUAACAUUUUCUAUCACCGCGUAUAUUGCAUCAAAUUUCUUAUUUCUAUAUUGUUUUAAUCAUUUCAUUAUGUCAAGCAAUCGUAUUGUAUAUUAUCGUGUGUUUUUAAAAUCAUUACAACCUAUCGCUUCGCACGUUGAUAGGAAAUUUAAGAAGAAGUACCACAGUGGAUAGCAACGAGCUCUGAAGCGUAUGACCAUAGAUCAAAUGACUAUUCUGGAAAUACUUAGCACAAACUGCAGGUAGUUGCCGAAUAAAGUUGAUUACCUUCAGUCACUCUUGUCCAAAAAUGUUUAUCGAAACACGGGUGUAAUAAUGCUACAGGAAACAUGGCUUCAUAAUCUGUAUCAUGAUGACUUAGUCUGCUUAGGUGGUUUCAAAUUAUUUCGAAAAGAUCGAAGCUUUUUGAAGAAUAAAUGUGGUGGUGGUGUAGCAACAUUUAUUAGUACUAACUGGUCGUCCUCCAACUAUGUAUGCUUCUGCUUCUCUAACGAAAAAAUUGAGUGCAUUACCAUCAAAUGUCGCCCCAAACAUUUGAGCAAAUACAAAUACAUAUAUAUAUCACAAACAUGUAUGUCACACCUGACUGCACUUUCUCAGAUUUAUCAACUUUUGCUGAUAAAUUCACCGAAUUUGCUGCUCCGGUUCUGGGAAACUCCUCGUCUAUUGUCUGUGGUGAUUUUAACUCAUGUGACUACAGUUUUCUAUUAUCAUUGGGUCAUAAAAAUAUGGUUAACUUUUCCACUCGUCUUGACAACACCUUAGACUUUGCAUUUACAAAUGAACCUGGCAUUUAUGAAGCCCUCAAACGGGCUACACUGCUUAAUUCCGACCACUGUAUCGUUCAUAUUUCGCCUAAAGUGUACGGAAAAUUAUACAAGAAAGCUCUUGCAUACCUUUCAAGGAAAGUUCAAUACAGAUGCUAUUCACAAGAAAAUAUAUUACAUUUGAGAAGCAUGCUUAUAGAAACGGACUGGGAUAUAUUCGCUGAUGAAGUUUUAGACAACACUAUUACCAAUAUCACAAGCUAUCUCAGAUUCUGUCUCGAUAUCUGUUGCCCUACUGAAACAAUCUACAUGAGAUUUGACAGACUUUCCUCUCCUCAUCUCAAGAGGCUUCAGAGAGAAAAGGAAAGGUUGUAUAAGGCAAGAGAUCACUCUGGCAUUAAAAGGCUUAACUGCCUAAUUAAGUCUGAUAUACAACGUAUGAAUACUAUAUACAACAAGAAGUUCUUAUCAUGUAAGAGCUCUUCCAAUAUAUGGAAAUUAUUUAAAGAGCUUACUGGUGAAAUACAGAUGACAUCACAAACUCGUUCGGAUGUCUGCGCGUUAAACAAGUCAUUUAUACGUCGGCAAGCUAAUUUCACCCUUCCUAAUGUGCAAAAUCAAGUGGAUAGCUGCUUUCCAGGUUUCAAUACAAAUGAUGUAUUUAAAUGCCUAAAGUCUUUGAAUCCCUCCCAAAGCUUAGGUCCUGAUGGUGUUUCUAGUAUCAUAUUUAGAAAAUGUGCAGAUAUUUUGUAUCAUCCGCUUACAGAUACCUUUGGUGUGCCUCAAGGUGCUGUACUUUCUCCUUUUCUGUUUUCCUUUUUUUCCCACGAUUUGCCUUAUUCUGUCGAACCUAAUUUCAUCAAGUAUGCUGACAACCUGACGAUUUCUAUUCCACUAAACUCUUCUUUGGAUUGCUCGAAAUUAAAUGAAUUCUUGUCUGAAGUUAGUCUCAAAUUAAACCCCUCUAAAUGUCAGACCGUUGAUUUCGGCCUCAGGCGUAAAGAAGACUUAUGUGAGCUGCUUAAAUCUCGUGACACCUGCUGCGUCAAUGGUAUUUCUGCAGAAAGUAAAUCGGGUGUGAACUAUCUUGGGUUGCGUUCUACUCCUGACUUUUGUUGGUCGUUCCAUAUUUUAUUAACUUGUAAAAAAAUCUUUCGUUUAACUUAUUACGUAAAGAAAUUGGGGCUUUCUGGUAUAACUCAAGUGCUUCUUUUGCAAUUAAUAAUUCCUGCAUUUCACCGAUUCUUCUAUGUUGUUCCCCAUUAAUCUUUUCUGGUCUUCUUAAAAACGACUAUGUUAUGUUGCGUAGGGCUUUGAAGACCUUCAGCAGGGUGAGUGGUGUGUCUCUGGCUCAACUGAUUAACACUGUAGUUGAUCGACAUAUAAAUUCCUGCAAGCUACUAGCCACAGAAAUUUUAACUGACAGCUCUCUCCAUGUGUCUCCUCAG